AAACCGACAAUGAGUGCCAUGAAAGUUUGUUGUAUCGGCGCGGGUUAUGUUGGUGGACCCACUUGUUCUGUAAUGGCUUUGAAAUGCCCAGACAUAACAGUGACAGUUGUGGAUAAGAGUUCUGAGCGUAUAGCUCAAUGGAAUUCUGAUAAAUUGCCAAUAUAUGAGCCCGGUCUUGAUGAUGUGGUGAAAAAAUGUCGCAAUGUGAAUUUAUUCUUUUCGACAGAUAUUGAAACGGCUAUCAAGGAAGCUGAUUUAAUUUUCAUUUCCGUCAAUACACCCACAAAAACAUUUGGCAAUGGAAAAGGUCGUGCUGCCGACUUAAAAUAUGUUGAAAGUGCUGCUCGUAUGAUUGCUGAAAUUGCUCAAUCCAAUAAAAUUGUCGUAGAAAAAAGUACCGUUCCCGUGCGGGCUGCCGAAAGUAUUAUGCACAUUUUACAUGCCAAUCAAAAGCCUGGCAUUCGUUAUGACAUCCUCUCAAAUCCAGAAUUUUUGGCUGAAGGCACAGCAAUUGAAGAUUUACUACAUGCUGAUCGCGUUCUGAUUGGUGGUGAAGAAACUCCUGAAGGUCAUAAAGCCAUAGAGAAGUUGUCAUGGAUCUAUGAACAUUGGAUACCCAAAGAGAAUAUCUUGACGACAAACACUUGGAGUUCGGAAUUAUCCAAAUUGGCAGCAAAUGCAUUUUUAGCUCAACGAAUUUCCAGUAUUAAUUCCCUAUCGGCGGUGUGUGAAGCCACGGGCGGUGAUGUCUCCGAAGUGGCACGUGCCAUUGGCUUGGAUUCACGUAUUGGUCCCAAGUUCCUACAAGCCUCAGUCGGUUUCGGUGGUAGUUGUUUCCAAAAGGAUAUACUCAACCUUGUCUACAUUUGUGAAGGCCUUAAUUUACCGGAAGUUGCUGCGUACUGGCAGCAGGUUAUCGACAUGAAUGAAUAUCAAAAAUCAAGAUUCUCACAGAAAAUCAUUGAAUGCCUAUUCAAUACGGUGUCUAAUAAACAUAUUUCGAUAUUGGGUUUUGCAUUUAAAAAGAACACGGGUGAUACACGUGAAACACCAGCCAUUACUGUGUGUAAGACUUUGCUGGAGGAGGGGGCCAAAUUGGAUAUUUAUGAUCCAAAGGUUGAGCCCGAACAGAUUAUUGAUGACUUGACACAUCCAUGUGUUACCGAAACGCCAGAAAUUGUGAAGCAGGCUGUGCAGAUUCAUAGCGAUCCCUACAGUGCGGUAAGGGGCACACAUGCCAUUGUCCUGUGCACGGAAUGGGAUGAAUUUGUGACCCUUGACUAUCAACGCAUUUAUCAAUCCAUGAUGAAGCCAGCCUACAUUUUUGAUGGUCGCAAAAUUUUGGAUCAUGAACGUCUGCAACAAAUCGGUUUCCACGUCCAGACAAUUGGUAAGAAAUAUUCCCGGUCGGGAUUAAUGCGUUCCUGGGGCAGUGUACAACAAUUGUAGGUCGCCAAGCAGUU